ACUGGGCAUCCACCCUUGCUCACACACUCUCCUGGCACCAUCCGAUGCCACCAGGCUGCUCGUAUAGGAUAUAGGAAGAAUGUUCAGAUGUUCCCACGAGAGCAACAUGAGGGUGUGCAGUUGGGGAUCAGUGGAACUACACCUGCAGGAGAAACUAGCUGAGGACUCUUUCCUGUAAAGCUGAGCUCCUACAGAUAAUACAGUGUUCUGACCCUGACUGGUUAUAGCAUAUACUUUUUUUAUUUUUCUGGAGGUCGUGUUUUAAUGACUACGCGUCCUUGAAAAAUAAGAAGCCAUGUCGACUGAUCAAGCUUUUCACCAAAGCGGUGUCUACAACUAUUUCCUGAACAUGGUGGCUUAUCAGAUAUGCUGCUGCUGUGGCCCGGCACCAUGUUCCCUGUGCUGCUCCUUCUGUCCGCCCGUCAAAUCAUCAACCAGCACGCGGAUCAUGUACACGCUAUUCCACAUCCUGGCCUGCACUGCCUCAUGCCUCAUGCUGUCUAAGACCGUGUCAGAGGCAGUGAGGGAGAAUGUGCCUUUCUUUAAUGUGGUGUGUGAUGAGGCUCAUGGUGGAGGAGACUGUCAGAUGCUGGUGGGCUACUCUGCUGUCUACAGGGUGUGUUUCGGAACAGCUUGUUUCUACUUGAUGAUGGCCAUCUUCCACAUUGAUGUGAAGUCUAGUCAGGAUUUCCGAGCCCUCGUUCAUAAUGGGUUUUGGUUUCUGAAGUUCAUCACCAUGCUUGGAAUGAUUGCUGCUGCCUUCUUUAUUCCCACAGAAUCCUUUUUGCAUGCCUGGCAUUAUGUUGGAGUAGUGGGAGGCUUUGCUUUUAUCCUCAUUCAACUCAUUCUCAUCACUGCUUUCGCUCAUACCUGGAAUAAAAACUGGUUAACCGGUGCAGCUGAGAAUAAGAGGUGGUACGUGGCAGUCAUGUGUGCUACCCUCUUUUUCUACACCAUCGCCACCAUGGCCUUCUGGAAUAAAAACUGGAAGACACCACAUCUGUUUUUGUGUGUUCUUUCAGUGGAGUAUCAGGGGGUCAACAUGACGGUGUGCUACCCUAAAGUCAGCAGGGAUGAGAUUCAAAAUGAAGGCAAUGCUGUGGCCAUUAUUGGGGCUGCAAUCAUGUACUGCUGUGUUCUCUUUGCAUGCAAUGAGGCUUCAUACUUAGCUGAGGUCUUUGGACCUUUCUGGAUGAUAAAGGUUUACCGCUAUGAAUUUCAGAAAGCCUCCUGUUGCUUCUGCUACCCAGAGGCUGAAGAUGAGGAAGAGUUUGUCAUUGACGAGAACAAAGGCUGUCAGAAAGUCAUCCACAAUGAAACCCAGCGCGUUGCCUACAGCUACUUUUUCUUCCAUUUUGUUUUCUUUCUGGCUUCCCUCUACGUAAUGAUGACCCUCACUAAUUGGUUCAGUUAUGAGACUGCUGUGCUGGAGACCACCUUCACCCAUGGGAGUUACUCCACAUUCUGGGUCAAGCUGUCCUCCUGCUGGGCAUGUGUGGUUCUGUAUCUGUGGCUCCUCCUGGGUCCCCUGUGCCACUGCCAGUCUGAUCACAAACAACCUCGCCGCGCUCGCAUCAAGAGACGGGCUGCCUCCCACCGCCACGUUAGCGUUAGCGUGUGAAUUACAGACUGUUCAACAGUGUCAAAGACAUUGGGGCUGGGUGCAGGUUACUGGAGAUUUCCACCGCAAAGGAAAUGGGUCACGGUGGAUCCACUGAAGAGAAGACGUUAGUUAAAUGAACAUUGAUCACCAGCACUAUGAAUGCAAUUCAACAUGGGAACAGAAAACGUUAACCAUGUUUAAGACUGUACAAGCAUACCUUUAGGGGAUGUGUAACAAUUGCCAAAAGGAACAUUAACAUUUUCUGGACAAGCUGGAUGUCUGUACAUUUAGUGGGGUUUUUUUCUAAAAUGUAGAAGAAUUUUUCAUUGGCUUACAGCAUAGAUAUAUGGAAACUACCUGAAAUAGGCUUUUUGCAAUUUAAUUUAAGCUUUUGUUAUAUUUAUGUAUAUUAAGUUGGAUAAAUUAUGUGAGCAAUGCUUUAUUUCAUUGAUCUGUGGCUUGUACGUAUGUAUGUAUAUGUGUAUAUAUGUGUGUGUGUGUAUAUAUAUAUAUAUAUAUAUAUUCUCUGGGGGUUUAGCCCGCCCACUUUCUCAGCCAAUCAGAGGCCACAGGGAGAAAAAGCUGUUAUCUAAAGUAUAAUGACUUUAAAAACAAGGCUACAGCCAGCCUAUUUAGCUCUAAUUGCAUGUUUAUGUUAGAAAGUUUGAUGUCACUGUCAUAAAAUAUGUUAUUUUUGUAAAUAUAUUUUUAACAAAACACAUUCUAGAGUUUAUGUGUGUUUUGUAGAAAGGCUGGACUAUAAUUUAACAACCACAUCAAGGUAAUAAGAUAAUCUUAGUUAGUCUGCUAAUGAUGAAUGGGAAAAACAGCUGCCAAACAUAAAGCGGAAAACAACUGUUCAUUGGCAAAAGUGCUCCACCAUAGAUAGUUAUAUGUAUAUGCUGCUUAUCUUGAAUGUGUAAAUAUAUGUGACUCAUAAACACUCAUUAUCAUUUCAAUAUGAUAAAAGCAAAUAUAUUGAUGGUCAUGUAAAAUAAGGCAAUAUAUAAAUCAAGGUUUCCUCUAGAAAUACUGUCUGCUUAUAAAUACAUAUAUAAAAAACAACAUCAAAAUGCACAUGAUAAAGAUAGACAUGCUCUCAAAUGAUUUUAUGCCAUUAACAAACACGUGGUGCUAGAAAGGGCAUCAUAAAUUCUGUGUGUAUUAUUUACUUAGGUGUACAAUUUUAAAAGAAGGCGACAGUCCACCUAAAGUGCUUCAUUUAGUGACUCUCUUUGCUUUGGUUUGGUCAUAUCCAUAAUUGUCCACAUGGACAUAAUUCAUCCCGACAAAGUGUCCAUUGUCUUUAUCGAGGAAUGCAAAAUGCUUUAGUAAAGUCAUCAUUGAUUUCAAUUCCGUGUCAGAGCGGGGUUUC